GUGCGUGCGCUCUCAGCGCUGAUGACGUACAAAUGUGCAGUAGUGGAUGUACCAUUCGGCGGUGCUAAAGGUGCUGUGAAAAUCGACCCACGGAAGUAUUCGGAACAUGAAAUCGAAAAAAUAACUCGUCGCCUGACGAUUGAGCUUGCAAAAAAAGGAUUUCUGGGACCUGGAGUGGAUGUUCCGGCUCCAGAUAUGGGAACGAGUGAACGUGAAAUGGCCUGGAUUGCCGAUACUUAUGCACAGACUGUUGGACAACAGGAUAGAGAAGCGUAUGCCUGUGUUACUGGAAAACCGAUUGUCUCCGGCGGUAUAGAGCUCUUUACCGUAUUGUUCCCAGUUGUACGAGAUGAAUUGUGUGGGCCUAAAAUUUUUAUUUCCUUUUGCAGAAUUGCAGGAAUUCGGGGAAGAACAACUGCUACUGGACGUGGAAUCUGGCAAGCACUGGAUGCUUUUGUUAACAGCGAGCAGUACAUGAGGAGGGUAGGAUUGACCACUGGCUUGCAAGGAAAAAAAUUUAUUACUCAGGUGCUCUUCAGUUCAACUUUAUUUUUUUUUUUAUUGAUGCUUAGGCUGCGUCACAUUUGGUCCUGUUGCCCUCACUAA